CAUUGCCAGGCUGUGCACCUCGCGCGUCUUGUCAUCCAUCUCCACAGAGAAGACCGGAUCUUCCACGAGCUCUGAGGGAUGAAACGGAAAAGGACAUCUGCAUGUCACCACAGAGAUGAAUGAGACAUCGUCCAUUCACUCAGCAAAGCUGGUUUCACUGGCCCGAUCGCUUUCUGGGCUUGGGCUUGACGCCUCCAAUGGGGGCACCGUCAACCCCCCGGACAAUGCAGACUCCCCUCCUCCGCAGUCUGGCAUCGAUUUAGGCCCUGGGCUAUAUUUUGCCGAUGGCAAGAGAAAAGUGGAUUAUGUCCUUUGCUACAAAUUCAGAAAGAGGAGAGCAUCCAAGCCACGGCUUUCCAUAGCAUCCAAUGGGAGUAUACCAUUUCCAAUACCAGGCCGAUGGGAUGUGGAGCCCGGGGAGGCAGGUCCACCUGCAGGAGACGUGGAGGAGCCAAAGCUGUCAGAGGAGGAGAAGGCUUUAAUGAGGGAGGAGUUUGAAGCCGGUCUGCUGGAAGCUGGACUGCAGAUUGAGCGCGACAAAGAGAGGUUAAACAGCCUUCGGUUUCUUCGACUGCACAUCCCCUGGCCGACACUCAGCCGAGAGGCAGAGCUUCAGAAGAUCAAAGUAGCUGUGAAGAAGAAAUGUGAAUUGCGAAAACCCAUGGGCAUUGCUGGGAUGUGGGAUUACUUUGUGACCAAAAUCAGCACGCCAUUUCAGCCAGACGUCUCUGACUUUGACGUCCAAAAAGACCCACAAACAAAUCUCCAAUUCAAAACCCUAAAGCACCCUUUUAUCAGGGACAAGCUCCACCUGUAUGACAUCAAGUCAACAGAAACCCUGUUUGACAAUGCAACACGUAGCAGAAUAGUGGCUGAGAUAAUUUCACGCAUUUCCUGCAGACAAAGCUGUCAAACCACUGGCAUCAACACAUUAGUGGCCCAGGGUGUCUACGAAGCUGCCUUCGCUCUUCAUGAUGGAUCGUUCACCAGGAGAGGAAGGAAAGAUCAGCGGAAUGACAGACAGCUCCUUCAUGAAGAAUGGGCAAACUAUGGAGUCAUGUAUAAAUACCAACCUGUGGAUCUUAUCAGGAAGUACUUUGGAGAGCAGAUCGGGUUGUACUUUGCCUGGCUGGGUGUUUAUACUCAGCUCCUCAUCCCUCCCUCUGUACUUGGCAUCAUUGUCUUCCUGUACGGCAUAUUCACAGUGGAUACCAAUGUGCCAAGCAAGGAGACAUGUGAUGCAAACCUGAACAUAACCAUGUGUCCGCUGUGUGAUGGAGUGUGUGACUAUUGGCUUUUGAGUACUGUGUGCUCUCUGGCCCGAGCAUCAUACCUGUUUGACAACGGAGUCACUGUCCUUUUCGCCAUUUUUAUGUCACUGUGGGCUGCCUGUUUCCUUGAGCACUGGAAACGGCGAAUAAUGUGUCUGAGACAUACGUGGGAUCUGAUGAGCUUGGAGGAUGAAGAGGAACGACUGCAGGAGGAGCUGAGGCCUGAAUAUGAAGAGGCUCUAAAAGAGAAAAAAGCUAAGAUGAGAGCAAAAUUCAAGAAAAAGUCGACUCAAGCUGUGAGUGGUGUGGAUGGAGAGACAGACCAGAUGCUGUCCUCCCAGAGAGAACCUGAGUCCUUGGAUAUUGAGGAUCACCUGUCAGGUUACCUCAUCAAUGUGUCGACGUUACUACUCAUGAGCUUCGUAACCUUCUCGGCAGUGUUUGGCGUGGCAGUUUAUCGUAUCUGCAUGUUAACCGUGUGGUCCAUGAACCCCGAUCAUGAUGCCAAGGCCAGUGUGCGUAUGACUGUUACCACCACAGGCAUUAUCCUGAACAUGAUGGUCGUUUUGGUGUUGGAGGAGGUCUAUGGAGCCAUUGCUGUGUGGCUGACUGAACUGGAGCUUCCACAGACUAAAGAAGAGUUUGAAGAGAAGCUGAUCUUUAAGUCUUUCUUCCUAAAAUCUAUGAACGCCUUUGCACCUAUUUUCUACGUGGCCUUCUUCAAGGGCAGGUUUGCUGGGAGGCCUGGUGAUUAUGUUUACGUAUUUGGGGACUACCGCAUGGAAGAGUGUGCUCCGCCAGGCUGCCUCAUCGAGUUGUGCAUCCAACUCAGCAUGAUCAUGCUGGGAAAGCAGCUUAUCCAGAACAAUGUGUUUGAAGUUCUCAUACCUAAGCUGAAGAAAAUGUACAGAACAAUACAGGAAGAAAAAGGAAAGAAAAGAAACGCGGAGGAAGAUGAUGAAGAAGAGAAGAGACCAAAGCAACAAUUUGACAAGGACUUCAUCCUUGAACCGUAUGAAGGCGUGACCCCUGAGUACAUGGAAAUGAUGAUCCAGUACGGGUUUGUGACUCUGUUCGUGGCCUCCUUACCUCUGGCACCAGCAUUUGCGCUACUCAACAAUGUCAUUGAGAUCCGUCUGGAUGCUGCAAAAUUUGUAACUGAGAUCCGACGGCCUGAUGCUGUGAGAUGUAAAGACAUAGGGGUUUGGUUCAACAUUCUCUGUGGAAUCAGCAAGUUCUCUGUCAUUACCAAUGCAUUUGUUCAUCUCCUUCACGUCUGAGUUUGUUCCACGAAUGGUUUACAAGUACAUGUACAGUGUAAAUGGUACUAUGAAUGGCUACAUAGAGCAUUCGCUGUCCUACUUCAAUGUUACCAACUUUCCACCAGGCACUGCGCCACC